CUAGGCAGGCAGUGGGCAAUAACAGUUUCCCUUCCUCCUUCCGGCGGCGGGCUCCUCCUCGAGAGCAAUUGCUCAAGAGAUUGAUAUAUACAUACAUACUGCGCGCGCGUGAGGAGCAGGCCCGGCCGGCCGGCUACCGUUCGAUCUAUUAAUAUAUAUAUACAUAUAUAUACAGCUAGCUUAAUUCGAUGGGAAUUUUGGGGUCGAAUUCAGUAGGCAUGGACGAUGAGGAGAGCAACACCGGUCGCAAGACGGCAGCUGGCGAUCCCAUGUACCAGGGCGGUGGUGCUGAUGAUGCUGCUACAACUUUUCCCUCUGCUGAAGCACGGGAGGAAACACAGCACAAGUUGGAUGCCGGAGCACUCUUCGUUCUCAAGUCCAAAG